UACCGAGAUCAACAUUUGCAUGUACCAAGAAGCGUAAGGCUCGAGUUCAACCCCGCCCACAAUGCUGAUUUCGCCCGUCGCGGUCAAAAAAGCAUCCAGGAUUUCUCUGCGUCAUCGACUCUCUCUCACUCUCGCUCUCCGAGGAGGAAAGCGAGCCGGCGUCCGCAUACCGAAACGUAAAGACAGAACCCCCUCACCCAACGCCAAUAAUAUAGUUUAGCACGCAACGUGGGUCACAAAGUAUACAAUCCAGCCCCGAGUAAACAAGAUUCGGGCGGGGGGAGGUGCGGGGUGGACAAUGGUUCCUAGCCAAGGCUUUCAAGGAUGAUU